AUGCAUUUCAAAGCUGGAUUAGAACUGACUGAAUUGCAGAAUAUGACUGUCCCUGAAGAUGAUAACAUCAGCAAUGAUUCAAAUGAUUUCACAGAGGUGGAAAAUGGCCAGAUAAAUAGCAAGUUUAUUUCGGAUCGAGAAAGCAGAAGAAGUCUCACAAACAGCCACCUUGAGAAGAAGAAAUGUGAUGAAUAUAUCCCAGGAACUACUUCACUGGGAAUGUCCGUCUUCAACCUUAGCAAUGCCAUUAUGGGCAGUGGGAUUUUGGGUCUUGCUUUUGCUUUGGCCAACACAGGAAUUCUCCUUUUUCUGCUGCUUUUGGUUUCAGUCACGCUGCUGUCUAUUUAUUCAAUACAUCUCCUGUUGGUGUGUUCAAAGGAAACAGGCUGCAUGGUGUAUGAAAAGCUUGGUGAGCAGGUCUUUGGUACCCCAGGAAAAAUGAUUGUCUUUGGAUCUACAUCUCUUCAGAAUGUUGGAGCAAUGUUGAGCUAUCUCUUCAUAGUCAAAAAUGAGCUACCUUCUGCCAUAAAGUUUCUAAUGGGAAAAGAAGAAACUUUUUUGGAAUGGUACGUGGAUGGGCGGAUUCUUGUUGUCGCAGUGACAUUCUGUAUAAUCCUCCCUUUAUGUCUCCUGAAGAACUUAGGAUACCUUGGCUAUACCAGUGGAUUUUCAUUAAGCUGCAUGGUAUUUUUCCUGGUAGUGGUUAUUUACAAGAAGUUUCAGAUUCCCUGUGAUGGACAAGGGCUAAAUGCAACAUUAUCUAUCCUAUCAAAUAGCUCAGAACAUACGUGUAAGCCAAAGUAUGUUAUCUUUAAUUCCAAGACCGUGUAUGCUUUGCCUACCAUUGCUUUUGCGUUUGUGUGCCACCCGUCAGUCCUCCCGAUUUACAGUGAACUUAAAGACCGUUCACAGAAAAAAAUGCAGUUGGUUUCAAAUAUCUCAUUUUUUGCCAUGUUUCUGAUGUACUUUAUGACUGCCAUAUUUGGCUAUUUGACUUUCUACGAGAAUGUGCAGUCAGAUCUGCUUCACAAAUACCAGAGCAAAGAUGACAUCCUCAUCCUGACCGUGCGCUUGGCUGUAAUCAUGGCUGUGAUACUCACUGUGCCAGUGCUGUUUUUCACUGUGCGUUCAUCAUUAUUCGAGAUGGCCAGAAAAACAAAAUUUGACUUAUGCCGUCAUGUUUUGGUUACUUUUGUUCUUUUGGUUAUCAUCAACCUGUUAGUCAUUUUUAUCCCAUCCAUGAAGGAUAUUUUUGGAGUUGUAGGGGUCACUUCUGCCAAUAUGCUGAUUUUCAUUCUUCCUUCAUCGUUGUAUUUAAAAAUUACACAACAGGAUGGAUCAAAGUUAACUCAGAGGAUUUGGGCUUCUCUUUUCUUGGCACUGGGGGUAUUGUUUUCCCUAGUGAGCAUUCCCUUGGUCAUCUAUGACUGGGUACAAUCCGGAGGCAGUGGUGAAGGCCACUGA